CACGGGAGUUUGAUUUUUACAUCGCUUAUAUUAGGUGGUGAAAGUCAGAUGAGUACAAGGCCAAGACGUGUUCACAAGGCACCUCAACGAUAUGGGGAUUAUGUGGAAGAGCCAAGCAAAAGCAGUGCGCGCACGCGGCACACUGAUAUCCGAUAUCCGGAAUCUGAUGAUGGUGAAGAAAGUGACCGGAACGAGGGUAGAAGGCGUACUCAUUCAUCGAGCUCGAAAAAGAAAAACGUCGAAGAGAAUGUUGCGGAGGAACAAGAAGAAACAAAUGACGAAGAGGAAAAUCGUGAUAGUAUUUUUGCAAAUGAGGAAAUGGAUGACAUGGAAGAG